UUCAGGGCAUAUCCAGAAUGAGUAGAUUAUAACUUUGUGCAGAUCUGAUUUCUGAUGACAGAUGAGAUACUGGUUUGGGUUAGAGGGCACUGCCCCACCUAGCGUAGCAGCAGCUCGUUGGUUAUAUUACGUACUUUGUACUGUUACUGUAGCAGUUAGCAUGCUGAAGCUAACAGGGUUCGUCUCAAUCAACCCGGUUAGCAUUGGAUGUAGCUAUUAGCUACGGUUAGCUUAGCUAGGUAGCACCUUGCUUGACAGGUAGCGGGACGCCCUUCCCCUCAGCGGAACAACUUCUGAGCAGCAUGGCCUCCUCUCCUCCUCACAACUUCUCCUGGGUGGAUCCAGACAAACUGGCCGGACUGGCACUGCCCAGGAUGACGUCGGAGUACCGGUACCUGCUGGACAACGGGAUCAAACACCUGGUCUGCCUGUGUGAGAGGAAACCUCCUAACCAUGACACGUGCCCAGAGUUACAGCUGCACCACAUCAAGAUCGUGGACUUCACUCCUCCGUCACCGAGUCAGAUCGACAGAUUCCUCUCUGUCGUGGAAGAGGCCAACUCCAAGGCGGAGGGCGUGGCAGUCCACUGCAUGCACGGUCACGGGAGAACGGGCACGAUGCUGGCCUGCUACCUGGUGAAGACCAGGAAGAUGUCGGGGAUCGACGCCAUCAAUGAGAUCCGAAAGAUGCGGCAAGGCUCGAUCGAAACCCACGAGCAAGAGAAAGCUGUGGUGCAGUUUUACCAGCGCACAAAGUAGAUUUCACAGAAGGAACAAAGUCACAGAAGGAGCCAUGUUUUUACUAUCGAGGUGAGACUCUGCAGGUGAACAGAGUCAAACAUGUAACUAACAGAUAUCAUGAAGCUUCCCCACUUCAUGACUCACAUCAACACAGUUUAUAUUACAAGUGUUUAAUAUGUACAUGAGGCGUUAUGUAAUGUAGCUGUGGAGAGUUUACAUCUACACACACAGUUACACACACACACUCUCAUGUUCUCAUGUUUCCUCUCGUCUGAAGAACACGAGUUCUGGAAGAUGAAUAAGCAUUAAAGAAGUGCCUCAUUUAUAUUGCUGAAUGAACACUUUAUUAUCUAUGAAUAGGAAAACACAAGAAUGAAUGUUGAAACAAUGAUACAUCAAAAGAGUAUUUGUUGUUCAUUACACACAGUAACUAAGAGACAUGUCUACAGUAAAUAUUACACGGGACUAUAUACUGUUGCUUUGACCUUCCUUUACGCGCUGGACGCCGGAGAGAAGAGACGCUGCCGCUCCUUGAACGUGAGCUUCUCAGGAGCCGGCGCUCGCUUCGUUUCCUCCUCCUGCUUCCUGUGAAAGAACACUUGGACUUUAUUCAUCACUUCAUGUAACAGGACACAAACAGCUGCUUAAAAUAUAUAUUAUUUAUAUAUGGGUGUGUUUUACUCAGGGUCUCUAUCAAACUGGUACUUUGCCAGAUGUCUCUAAAGUAGAGAAGACUAAAUUAAGCUUCUCGUGUCUGCGACUAAUGAUUAUUACUAUUAUUAUUACCGUUCUGGAUAUAUCUGCUGAUUAUUUUCUAGAUUAAUCGACUAGUCGUAUAAAAUAGUAAAAUGUCCAUCAUGUUCCUCAGAGUCCUAAUGUCUUUAAAUAUAUUAAAUGUCUUUAAAUAUCUUUAAAUGUCAUUAAAUGUCUUUAAAUAUCUUUAAAUAUCUUGUUCUGUCACUUUAAUAAAUCUGUAAAUCUAA